AUGGUUUCAGAUUCGGAGCCGGAGUCGAAGCUCUUAUUACUCCUUUCUCAACUAACCGAUCUCGAGGAAGAUACGUCUUCAGACUCAGAGUUCAAAUCAGUCAUUAGAGGGAUUUACUCUCUCAUCAACUCUAUGGAUUUGGAUUCGCAACCGAAGCCGGAGUCGGAGCUCAUAUCACUCAUUAAACAAACAAUCUCUCUUGUCAGAUCAAUACCGGAUACGGAACCGGAGUCAGAGCUCAAAUCACUCUUGACCGAACUGACCUCUCUCUUAAGCUCUAUAGAUUCCGAUCAUGAGCCAGGCCCGGAGCUCAUGUUACUCUAUACUCAAGCAUUCAAUUAUCUCCCUUCUUUGGCUCCAGGUUCGGAGCUGAUAACCUGCUUAGGGAGAUUAAUCGUUCUCGUUGAAGCUCCGGAGGAGAAGCUGGAGCCUCUUAUUUCCAUGGAUUCAGAGUUGGAGCCGGAAUCGAAGCUCAUAUCACUUGUUUCUCAACUUCUCUUUGUGCAAUGGGGGCAAGAUCUGUUAUCGCUCUCCAACCAAGUAAUCUCUCUCCUCAGUUCUCUGGAUUUGGAUUCACAGCCGAAGCCGGAGUCGAGGCUCAUGUCACUCAUUACUCAAACUCUCUUUUUCAACUCUAUGGAUCUGGAUUCGGAUGAGCCACUGUCGAGCUCAUAUCACUCAUUAUCUCAAACAUCCAACUUAUUUGGAAUGGAGACCUUUCACUCGUUAAUGAGCAUACUGGAUCUCGAGCCGGAGCCGGAGCUCAUGUCACUCAUCCAUCAAAUAUCUCCCUCGCCAUGUCUAUGGAUUCAAAGUGGCAGAAGCUUAUUUCCUUAUGCCCUCAAAUUCAAUCUCCUUUCUAUAUAUGUCUCCUUUGUGACUUUGUGGUCCAUCAAAGCUGUCUCAGCUUGCCAUCGUCAUACCGGAUAUCUCGCCAUCCCCAUCGAAUCUCUUUUACUCCUUCUUUUGACCAAGGAAAUUGGUCUUGUGGUGUUUGUCGCAGAGAGAUCAACAAUGACUACGGAGGUUAUUCUUGCAUCAAGGAUGGUAUUGUUCGUACGCGGCUCAUUCAAGAUGUGCCACACAAAGCAAUGUGUGGGAUGUCAUGAACAUCAUCUCAAACUUGAUGAGAAUGAAGACAGAGAUUACGAUGAGAAUAAGCAGUGUCAAGCAUGCAUCGCCAUCUAUUUCGGCAACUACUACUCGUGUAUUCAAUGUGAGUUCAUACUACACGAAACGUGUGCAAAUCUUUCUCGCAGAAUGCAUCACCCCAUACAUCCACAUCUGCUUACUCUAGUGACAGGAUAUGACCGUUUUAUAAGAGUUAAGUCUGGUGAUACGAUCUAUGAGACUUCAUGUUCAGCUUGUCCUUGGUUGUGCACAUCUGGUUUCUUCUAUGAGUGCGGUGAAGAAGGGUGUAAUUUAAGGUACAUGUGCAGUGUGCCACAAUUUCUGAGCCAUUAG